AGGACAGGAAGUCGCGUGUAUGCUAACGGUAAACUGUAAUAUUUAGCCACACCUCGCAGGUCCAUCUACCACAAACAAGAAUGGAUAUAAGUUAACAAUGACUGGAGAGAAAAAGAAGAAAAAGCGGCUGAACCGCAGCAUUCUUCUAGCUAAGAAAAUCAUCAUUAAAGAUGGAGGCACUCCACAGGGGUUUGGAGAGCCCAGUGUCUACCAUGCAGUGGUGGUUAUCUUCCUGGAGUUCUUCGCCUGGGGACUGCUCACCACGCCCAUGCUUACGGUGUUACAUCAGACAUUCCCCCAGCACACAUUCCUGAUGAAUGGACUUAUUCAUGGUGUCAAGGGCCUGCUGUCUUUCCUGAGUGCUCCAUUAAUCGGUGCUCUGUCAGAUGUGUGGGGCCGGAAGUCCUUCCUGCUGCUCACUGUGUUCUUCACCUGUGCUCCCAUCCCUCUCAUGAAGAUCAGCCCAUGGUGGUACUUUGCGGUGAUCUCCAUGUCUGGUGUGUUUGCGGUCACUUUCUCCGUGAUCUUUGCAUAUGUGGCUGAUAUCACCCAGGAGCAUGAAAGGAGCACAGCAUAUGGCCUGGUGUCGGCCACUUUUGCAGCCAGUCUGGUGACAAGCCCAGCGAUCGGUGCGUACCUGUCAGUGGCGUAUGGAGAUACAUUGGUGGUGAUCCUUGCCACGGCCAUUGCCCUGCUAGACAUCUGUUUUAUCCUGGUAGCGGUUCCUGAGUCCCUGCCUGAGAAGAUGAGACCGGCCUCCUGGGGAGCCCCCAUCUCCUGGGAGCAGGCAGACCCCUUUGCAUCCUUGCGUAAGGUGGGCCAGGACUCGACGGUUCUCCUGAUCUGCAUCACAGUCUUCCUGUCCUACCUGCCUGAGGCUGGACAGUAUUCCAGUUUCUUCCUGUAUCUCAGACAGGUCAUUGGAUUUACAUCAGAAACAGUUGCUGCCUUUAUUGCUGUGGUGGGAAUCCUUUCCAUCUUGGCUCAGACGGUUGUCCUGGGAAUCCUGAUGCGUUCCAUAGGGAAUAAGAACACUAUCUUGUUAGGCCUUGGCUUUCAGAUCCUACAGCUGGCCUGGUAUGGCUUUGGCUCUCAGCCCUGGAUGAUGUGGGCCGCUGGAGCCGUUGCUGCCAUGUCCAGCAUCACCUUCCCGGCAAUCAGUGCCAUAGUGUCCCGCAACGCAGACCCUGACCAACAAGGUGUGGUGCAGGGGAUGAUCACAGGAAUUCGAGGACUCUGUAACGGUCUGGGUCCUGCGCUCUACGGCUUCGUCUUUUACCUGUUUCACGUGGAGCUCAGUGAAAUGGACCCCGCAGAGAGCCCAGAGAAGGGUGCCAAACCCAACAUGGCCAACCCCACAGAUGAGAGUGCCAUCAUCCCAGGCCCUCCUUUCCUGUUCGGAGCAUGCUCGGUUUUGCUGUCCCUUCUGGUUGCUCUCUUCAUCCCAGAGCACAAUGGCCCCAACAUGCGGCCCAGCAGCUACAAGAAGCACAACAAUGGCGCGCAGAGCCACUUACACAGCUCGCAGGGCGGACCCUGCGAUGGCAAGGAGCCUCUACUGGAGGACAGCAGCGUAUAACCCCACUGACGAGGGGGGCGGGCACGGACCCCAAACCCCCUCACAUACCACCCCAACCUGCCCAGGCACACAUGAGCAGUGCACCUUUUUACAGAAGAUGACAUCACCGCCCUCUCUUGUUCCCCUGCAGCUCGGAGGCAGAAUGAGCUGUGGGAACUGGCGCACAUAUUACAAGUGCGUAACUGGGCCAACUGGGAGCUGACCUUGGCCUUGAGGACAGGAAGUGGAGCAAAGGACAUUUUGGCUUGAGGGAAGUGCAAGCAGACAGUUGUGUGCUGAUAUGGACUUGGUGAAGGUUUUCCUCGUUUUUACUGUUACAUAUUUUUUUGUGUGUUUUUUCUCUCUUUCCGAGUUUCAAUUGUAUAAAUGUUCCUUGUCCAAAGACCUGGUAACCGUAACAAUAGGGAACGUGUCUAUCGUGACGUUACAGGCUAACUUUUGAUGUGCUGCUUUCUACUGGUUCUACUUGGUUUUGUACUUAACAGAUUAAAAGACGCUUCUAGGGAAGAGUGUGUCGUCUUUCCGAACCCUCAAGGAAAUGUAACCAAGAAAUGUCAGAAAGAAGGUCAUCAACGUCAUUUCACACAGUCAUUGCUGUUGUAUCAUGCUCCUUCAAACUAUACUUUCUGUUCUUGUACAUCAGAUGAAAUAGUUUGUACUUCCUCUCCCUUCCUCACAAGAGGUGUGUCAGAAUUCCUGCAGAGGGAGUAAAAGUUGCCUUUAAGUGACUUUUCAUCACAAUUACCAAAACCCAGAUGAAGACUACGCUCUGAGAAGGGUCAAACGUAUCGCUCCUGUCGGAGCCUGCGCAUAUUUGAUUUUCGUUUAUCGUCUGCUUCGCCACCAGAACUCCCUGUGAACGUCAGCACUGCCAUGUUACAACAGGCUAGCAGGGUUACAAGCUUACUGACCGCACACUUAGUUUUCAUAUUAUCGCAAGCACUGAUGUGGGUGGAAUAGCUUAAAUGUGAUUGGAUGAGCAUCGCUAGAUCAAGUGAAUCUAAUAUCACACAUGCUGCUACUGUAGGGUGUACAAGGUUACAAAGUUCUGUGGU